UGACAAUUCGGCGAAGGUGGCAUCUUUCUCCAAUUCCACUGCAAGUCGGUUCUAUCUAACCAUUUUCCCUGCCAUCGAGUGGCAGUCCCUUUGAUUAACCGAUUUUCCCGCCGUCAAUAUCGUCUCAACUUCGCCUGUCCAAUCCAAUUCGAUCAAUAUGGUCCUCCUCAAGAGCUUUGUGCUUGCUGGUCUCGCAGCUGCUGUCUCAGCUAAGUCUGCAGUCCUCGACCUCAUCCCCACCAACUUUGACAAUGUCGUCGUCAAGUCUGGAAAACCGACCCUAGUGGAGUUCUUUGCCCCAUGGUGUGGCCACUGCAAGACCCUCGCCCCUGUGUACGAGGAGCUUGCCCAGCUCUUUGAGUUUGCCAGCGACAAGGUCCAGAUUGCCAAGGUCGAUGCUGAUUCUGAGCGGGAUCUGGGCAAGCGAUUCGGCGUCCAAGGGUUCCCCACCCUGAAGUGGUUCGAUGGCAAGAGCGACAAACCAUCCGACUACAGCGGAGGACGGGAUCUGGAGAGCCUGUCUGCUUUCAUCACCGAGAAGACUGGUGUGAAGGCUAGGCGAAAGGUGGCCCUGCCCAGCAACGUGGUCAUGCUUAACGAUGCAACCUUUGCGACCGAGAUUGGUGGUGACAAGGAUGUUAUUGUCGCAUUCACGGCGCCUUGGUGUGGUCACUGCAAGACACUUGCGCCAAUCUGGGAGACUGUUGCCAACGACUUUGCCAACGAGCCCAAUGUUCUUGUCGCAAAGGUGGAUGCCGAGGCUGAGAACAGCAAGGCCACUGCCAAAGAGCAAGGAGUGACCUCAUACCCAACCAUCAAGUUCUUCCCCAAAGGCAGCAAGACCAGCCAAGACUACAGCAGCGGCCGCGAUGAGGCUUCCAUUGUCACCUUCCUCAACGACAAGGCUGGCACUUUCCGUGCUGUUGGUGGUGGCCUCAACGCCCAGGCUGGCACCGUUGAGUCCCUUGACACUGUUGUUGCAAAGCUUACAGGUGGCACCUCCCUGGUUGAGGCUGUCAAGGAAGCUAAGAAGGCAGCUGGGAGCCUUAAGGAGCAGGCCCAGAAGAAGUACGCCGAGUACUACCUCCGGGUCUUCGAGAAACUGAGCAAGAAUAAGGAGUAUGCGACCAAGGAGCUGGCUCGUCUGGAGGGCAUUAUCAAGAAGGGAGGUCUCGCUCCGGUCAAGCUGGACGAGCUCACUGGCAAGACCAACAUCCUCCGACGAUUCGUCGAUAAGGCGACGGGUGAGAAGUCGAAGGACGAGCUGUGAGGGAGGAGGGAUGGACUUCUCGGUUUGGGGGCUUGGUUGAAUUUGCAGCAGGACAGUGCAGGACAGGACAUGCGCGUACUUGCAAUAGAAAACUCAGGGCACAGGCAUCUUGGCUUUGAAGUUCUGGCGCUGAAAACAAAUGACAUGGCAUGAU